AUGAAUUUCGACACCGCUUAUCAAUCUCUUAUAAUAAUUCUGGCACAUAAACAUAUGUUAAUUCCUGAAUUGUUUGUUUUAUUAUGUUUGAAUAUAUUAAUUUUAGUAAUUGGAGUUGAAAAACUUGAGUUAAAGUUUCAUAUUGGAAGUAAAUGGUUAAUUGCUACCCCAAUGAUUUUAACUUAUUUAAUGAUACAUCUUAUGAUGUCGAUAGCUAUUAGAAUAUCAAGGAUUACGCUUAGAUCCAGAUACAUUGCUUUAGUAUGUGUAUGCAUUGGUAUACUCGAGUUAGGUACUGGAUUUGCAAUAAACACAACUAUAAUUCCAGGUUCAAAAUCUAUCAAAGGUGGAGAGUUUAGAGCUGAUCCAUUAAUACCAUGUAAGGUUGAGACAGGAUGUCCACAGCUAUUCCAAUCAAGAUUUAGGUUUCAAUGGUUACAGGGAGCUGCUGAUGUAAUGGUCAAUGGAAUUUCCAAGCAAUUAUCAGUAAAUUGGGGGGAUGUAGUUGAUGGUGCGAGAGUAGUGAUGGUAGCAACAACAGAUAACGACACAGGUGUAAAUUAUAAGUUGGUAGAAUCUAAGAAAGAAAGUAUUCCAGCCUUUAGUGUAACUACUCUAUGUAACCAAAACACCCACUUUCCAGAUUCGUCAAAUUUUUACAACUUAAGCAUAUCAACGCCAACUCCAUUAAUACAAGCCAUACAAGCGGAUUCUGGGUUAGAAGGUCGGUGGAUGGCAGAAGUUAUUAAUCUUGAACAGGAUAACAUUUUGGAAACAACGCGAAUUACUGUCAAUUUAGUACAAAUAUCAGUAGCUAACUCAUCAUGCGAAGGGAGUAUUGAUAUAGUUGGAAAACUCCAGUUAUGUCAUCCGACUAAAGGUUUAAAUGUUGUUUGCUUGAUGAACACGCAUGUGGAAUAUGUAGAUUAUAUCACAGCUGGAUGUGACACUUGUAAUACAAGGGGAAUUACUAAUAUAAAUAGAGUGGAGUAUUCAAGUCCAAAGCCAGUUUAUGGUGAUUUUAUGCACACAGCGCUUGCAUUAUAUGGUGGUCAUAUUUUGAUACCUCAAUGUUCAUCAGAUAAUUCAGUUGGAGGGUGUUUGACUCAAAACGAUAAAAACGUGGAUCAGGUACGAGAUCAAUUUGUUCAAUUGCUUCGUGGAAUUACGGCCUCUGGAGUUAUAGCAAGACGAGUUUUGUUAGCAGAUGUAGGUAUAGAGAUGCCAGUACAAAAUUUGGAUAAAGGAGUAAUUGGAGAGAAAUUAGAAUUUGGAAUGGGAUAUUGGGUUACUUUAAAUUUAGCGUUUGUUUUAAUGAUUUUAUUAGGUAUUUAUGAAUUAAUAAUAGGAUGGUUAAAUACAAAUCUCGAACCACUCUUCGAAAUAAUCAUCCAAAUAUAG